GGCCCGCGGCGACAGAGAUAAGUUGGGGGAAGGAAAGGGACUUUGCGAGAGUGGAAGAGGAAGGAGAGGCAGAUGGGAGGUAACAAAGAGAGAGCCCGUGAGCGCAGAGAACAAAGAUUGCAGGAGAUUUCUCUUCUCAGAACCAUCCCCUAUUCCGAUCACCAGAGGUGGUGGUCCAAAGAAACGAUUGCUGUGGUGACGGGGAGUAACCGGGGUAUUGGCUUCGAGAUUGCGAGACAGCUCGCGGCGCAUGGACUGACGGUUGUAUUGACGUCGAGGGACGAAUGUGUUGGCCAAGAAGCAACGAGGGUCCUACGAGAAGGCGGUCUGGACGUCGCCUUUCAUCAACUCGACGUCUUGGACCCUUCCUCCAUUCAACUCUUCGUUGAUUGGAUACGGCAAACCUACGAGGGUAUCCAUGUCCUGGUAAAUAAUGCAGGUGUCAACUUCAAUGUUGGGUCGGACAACUCCGUCGAAUCUGCUCAUAUGGUUGUGGCCACCAACUACUAUGGCACCAAAAACAUGAUAAAAGCCAUGAUCCCCUUGAUGAGACCUUCUGCUGCAGGCGCUCGUAUUGUUAAUGUGAGCUCUCGUCUGGGAAAACUAGGUGGAAGAAGAAAUAGGAUCGAGGACUUGAAUCUGAGACGAAAGCUGGGUGACUUGGACACGCUUACAGAGGAACUCAUAGAUAGAACAGUUGCCACUUUCCUACAACAAGUAGAUGAUGGAACGUGGACAUCGGGUGGGUGGCCACAAACUUUUACGGACUACUCAGUAUCCAAACUCGCAGUUAAUGCCUACACAAGACUGAUGGCAAAGAUACUGUCCGACCGGCCUGAAGGGGAGAAGAUAUAUGUCAAUUGUUAUUGCCCGGGAUGGGUGAAGACUGCUAUGACCGGUUGGGCUGGGAACAUUUCAGUGGAGGAUGGGGCAGACACGGGAGUGUGGCUAGCGCUUCUCCCAGAUCAGGCAGUGACUGGGAAAUUCUUUGCGGAGAGACGUGAGGUUAGCUUUUAAAGCUGUGAAGCCUCGUGUUGGAAGGUUUUUGAAUAAGAAGAACAAAACCGGAAUCACAGAUAUGCCUAGCUGUGAGAAGAGAUGAUAGAGCACUGGCAUCUAUUAUCCUUUGGUGGGCACACGAAAAACUUGGGAUUUCAGUGAAAGGGUAGGUUUGGUGAACAUUACCUUGGGCGACACUUUGAGGCCAUCUCCUCAACGAUCAGCUGGGCUCAAGCAACAUAUGAAUCAGACGGGGAGUAGGACUUCCCUUCACUCGCUAACUGUUGUCGAAGAUUUGUCUUUUGACAUAUAAUAUAGGUAGUUACUUUGAAUGAUUUUCCUGAUCUUGAUGAGAUAAGAUUUCCUUACGCCAAAAACAAGGGCAGUUCGACC